AUCACCGGCAGGAGUGACGCGUGCACAACAGCGUGGUCGCUACUCUAUUGGAGCAAAAUGUGCUACCUGACAGUGAAUUUCAGGGAUUUAAAAUCGCUUGUAAACUAGAUGUGCAAUACAAGUAGUUAAUUAAUAUCCAAGUUCUCGGAGAGUCUCAAAGCUGUACGUUCGUCUGAACAGGUAUUCAGUGUGGUCGCAAUAAAUAAAAAUGAAAGUAGGUAUUCACCCUCUGACAGCCGACCCAACAGCAGCGUGGCGCGAGCUGUCAGAACAGCAAAAAGUCAUCAAGAUAAUCGCUAAACUGCCGACAACCCCGGCCCCAAGUAAUAAGCUCCGUGUCGUUUGCAUGAGUGACACUCACUCUUUGACUCCCUUCAUUAAGUUUGACAUCCCUGAGGGUGAUAUUUUCAUUCAUGCCGGAGACUUUACAAAGUGUGGAAGUCUAGAGGAGGUGAUAGAAUUCAACAAUUGGAUCGGGAGCCUUCCACACAAGCAUAAGCUAGUGAUAGCUGGGAAUCAUGAACUCAGCUUUGAUCCGACGUUUACUCAUCCAUUUUCGGCACAUGCUUCAAGCGAUCGGCAUAAACAUACAGGAAUCAGUGUGCUUGAUGAUAUCCCAACAUUAGGAAUGUCCAAAGAUGUUCUCGCAAAUGCAAUAAAGACCAUGAACAUCAGGGAACAUUUAACGAAUUGCAUUUACUUGGAGGAUUCUGAAAUCGUGAUCAAUGGAAUUAAAAUAUACGGUACUCCUUGGCAGCCUGAGUUUUGUAAAUGGGCUUUCAACGUUCCUCGCGGAGAGCCAUGCUUGUCAAAAUGGCAAUUAAUCCCAACAGAUACGGACAUUCUUGUAACUCAUACGCCUCCUGUUGGUCAUGGAGAUUUGUGUUGCAGUGGAGUUCGAGCUGGAUGUGUGGAGCUAUUGACCACUGUACAAACUCGAGUACAGCCUAAAUAUCAUGUGUUUGGCCAUGUGCACGAAGGCUACGGCAUUUCUUCGGAUGGAAAAAUAAUAUUCGUCAAUGCUUCAACAUGCGACUUAAACUAUCUGCCUAAUAAUAUUCCCAUAGUAUUUGAUAUAACUUUACCCCCAGGAGAAUCUAAAGCCUAAGUUUUACAAAUUCCAAUAUCCAAAAGAAAGAUACAUAUAAUCGUAUUGCCUGUGAGAGCUCAAAAUUUGCCAAUGUAACUAUUUAAGGAGGGGCAAAUGCACGUUGAGUAGUUGAAAAUUAGACUUUCUCUCAGAUAUUAUAGCAACUAAAAAAAAUAAUACAUAGAUAUGCUAUUUUGAGCCUCUGUUUUAUACAAUGUGAUGUAUGAAUUCUAACGAUGAAAGCCUUUGUAGGUAACGUAACUACUAGUAUAGGACGUGCGGAGCUCUGUAAAUACUGCAUAGGUUGAUAUUUGGAUCAAUUUCAGUCCAAACUGAAUCCAGGUUUACGAGCCUCCUUAAAGCUAAUGUAAUUCGGGCGUAGAUUACAAUCAUCAACAAAUAUUUAGUUUUGCAUCUGUAAACUUUCAGAUUAACAGUUUGUAAGAAAUACGAAAAAAAAAAUUCUCUCAAUCGGCACAAGAACCGUGCACGCGAGCUGAGUGUGAAAAAAAAUUCAGAUCGAUAGGAUCAACGGUUCCUUGAUUAUCGGAUCAAAAUGUUCACCAUGCACCUAAUUUAACACAAAUGUAUGUAUGCCCCCCCCCCCAGGUAGAGUAAACCACAGGCGAUCUUUUUUGCUUCUUUUCGCAAAUACGUGCACAAGUGAAUUUGACAGCCUGAAUUUUCGUAAUUAUAAAGUAUUCCUCGAUUCCUUAAUACAGAAAUGAUUUCCAAGAUGAAAGUAUUUCGUUUGAAAUAAAACUAGAGAAUUUCAAACUCAUCUGAAAUCGACGCAAAAAUCAUUUCAAAAUAUUUGACCGUAUUUCACGCUGAACAAAAUGAUGGGAAAAGUAAAUGAAAUAGGAUCUCAAAAUCUACUAAAUGAUGCCUAAAUCCUAGAAAUUUAUAGUGUAUAUUUCGGAAGACACGCAAAAAAUGACAAGAAUCUCCUAUGGUUCACUCUUGAAGACCAAUCAAGACAGAAAAAAAACGAAUCCAUUACUUUUACGAAAUAUUAUCUCGCUAGCUGCAUUUCACUCUCAUUAUCAAGCUCAUUUACAUAUAACGUAAUAAAUCGGCGAAUUUCACUGGUACAUAUAAUCUAACAAUUGCAAAAUCCGAGACCGAAUACUAUAGAAUAGUUUCAUUUUAUUCGUUACUAGUUUAUCUGUACACUAUUGCGGGCAUUUACUCAAAAUUCAGCUGAUACUAUCAUCACUUACUCAGAUUAAAUGAAAUUUACUCAAACGUGUGCAUAACAUUAGUUUGAUAAAAUAGUAAUUGGUAAGUUUUUGUAUCUUUUAUACUGAACCGAGUUUAUCGCGAUUCCUUUCUUGUCUUUUGUAUAUUUCUACUUUGUUACUAAAAUUUGUUGUUAUUUGUUGUUGUGUGUAUAUAUAUAUACCUAUAUAUAAAUAUAAAUCCUGCAUCAUAUAUCAAAAUUUUUAAGCUUGGAGCCGGAGUGGGUCGAUUUUCCCUUCUUACUGUUUUCAAGCUUUUUCCAAAAAAAAAAACGAUAAAAAAAUCAGAUGCGUAAGUCAUUUUACUUUGAAUGGUUGCUGAAACAUUUUUUUUAUGUCACAUGGGAUUUUUUGAUUAGUUUUUUGGACUCGAUUAAUCGAUGCAUCGAUUACCCUUAGCUUAGUAGCCAUCGCUACAGCGAGUUAUCCACCCCUGACCUUGGUUGUAUAGAAUAAUGCAGAAAUGCUGAACAUUACACAUCUUCAAUGUCUCAUUCGACAUAAAAUAUGAAUAACAGUGAAUAAAAUGAAAUGCUAUACAUGCCAAAGAAAGAGUUAAUAUUAAGUCUGUUUUUAACAAUUUUAACUUAACCAGUCAAUUUGUUGUCACAGAUUCAGUAAAAAUAUUUCAAUGCUAAUACUGAAUAAAAUUUGAAAUAAUCAUACCUAUUUUGGCUUCGUAUCGUUUUAGUCUACCUCUUCGGAUACUAAGUAUUAUUAUUAAUACUGUCACCUAUUUUUAUUUCAGAAUGUAGGACUGAUAUAGGAAAAGUAUGAUGAAAAAAGGGUAGAUAGUAUUAUAAUUAUUAAAGUAUGCUGGUAAAUGGGAGAAACACAAUUACAGACUGGAAUGUACUGAAAUUAUAUAUUUCAAAUAACACGUGGAAUAAUGUGUAAUUUUUGUUUACACCAAAAUAUUGUAG